AUAUAUGCUUUUGUAUGAGUUCACAUAAAUUUGUCAAUUUUGAUAUUUUUUAACAAAUAUUUGCAAUCCAACAAAAGCACUCCAGUUUACUUAAUACAUCCGUGAUUUGUUCAAACGUGAAACUUGGUUGUUUCCAUUGUAUAAAUGUACUAUAAGCUAAUACAAUGGUUGUUUCUUUCUCUCAUGCAACGUUUAGUAUGAGUGAAGAAAAAAUGUAAAUUAAUGCAUAUGUAGUGAACAUUUUUUCAAUGUAUUAGGACAAGAAUGAUAGACCUUUUGCCCACCUAUUUUGGUUUGGAAGUGAUUCUGUUGUUGGGUUUCGCCGUUUCGGUAUUAUCCAUAGUAAAUUCACAGAUAAAUUAUCCCUGCUAAAUUGAAAGAAAUUGUGACACGCUCGGACGUCAUGGUAGUAUAAUUGCGGCAGCUUGAAUUGUUUGAAAAAGAUUCAUGAUGAUCUGGCAUAAAUGACAUAAAUACUAUAAGCUAUUUGCAAGAAUGCAAACCGACGAGGAAGAUGCAAUUGUCAGUGAUUCAAAUACCCCUGUCAAGCAUAUACGACCGCAGAAAACGGAUGAAUCGUAUGAAUUAUAUGCGACCAAAACAACAGCAUCGUUGGAAACUCCACCAACAACGCCACCUGCUGAUACUAGUGAUGCUAGCACAAACGCCGAUAAUCCCAAUGUGAGAGAGCGCCAAAAGUUUCACAAUAUCGAGCAUGACUAUCACACUUCAGCAUAUUCGCAAUCUGAACCCGACGAAGAUUCAAGCUUGGUUUUUUGCAGCGAAGGCGAUUUACCGGCAGUCGCGUUUGAGCCACCGUACACAGCGCCUCUUGCACCGUUGCUUACACCAAAAGGGUGGCGGAGAAAACAUAGUAUUAAAGAAAAAAAGGGCAGUACACGUCGGCCGAAAACUAAUAUAAAAAGAAAAUGCCGAUCGCCGGUAACAGCUUCCAAAGAUAAAUUUAAAAGCUACGACAGCCUCUGUGAGAUGUUCUUACAGAAUGAGAGAUAUGCAAAUGCAUCUGGAGCUGCAGGUAAUGAUUUUGCAAUUGAAGCUUAUGCUAAAGAUAACGUAAACGGAAGAGGCAAAAGUUACUACUUCGGUAGUAGUGAUAAUCGUGGUGUUGGUGAAUGUGUUGAACUUGAUGGCACACAACUACGGAAAAAUGAAGAACGUACACACCGAAACUCUGAUAAAAGGUGAGACUAAUACAGUAUAUUUGCAACACAUUUGUGUAUGCAGCUAGUGUGUUGUUUAUAUUAAAUCUCAUUUUAAAGUACAAACAAAGAAAUAAAAUAAUGCAAAACAGCUAUUUGUGUUAGUUUGACAGGGCUUGCAAA